AUGACCGUCAAGACUCGUUCAACGAUUGCCAAAAAGAUUGAGAAGGAUGCUCCAGAAGCCCAGUAUUUGGCUGUGAAUCCUGAUGAGAUUACCAGACUUCAAGAAGAAAGCAAAAAUAUCCCAUACAAAAUGGAGAUCGUCUGGCGCAACGUGGCUCUCUUCGCAGCUCUUCACUUUGGUGCCGCCAUCGGUCUCUACCAGUUCUUUUUUGAAGCAAAAUGGCAAACCGUCGUCUUCACCUUCCUUCUGUAUGUCUUCGGAGGAUUCGGAAUCACCGCUGGUGCCCAUCGUCUGUGGUCCCACAAAUCAUACAAGGCUACGACUCCAAUGAGAGUCUUCCUUAUGCUUCUGAAUAACAUCGCCCUCCAAAAUGACGUCAUCGAAUGGGCCCGUGAUCACCGUUGCCAUCACAAAUGGACUGACACUGAUGCUGAUCCACAUAACACCACUCGUGGAUUCUUCUUCGCUCACAUGGGAUGGCUUCUCGUCCGUAAGCAUCCACAAGUCAAGGAACAAGGAGCCAAGCUAGACAUGUCUGAUCUUGAGAACGAUCCAGUCCUUGCCUUCCAGAGAAGACACUACUUCCCACUCGUCAUUCUCUCUUGCUUCGUUCUUCCAACAAUCAUUCCAGUAUACUUCUGGGGAGAGACUGCUUUCAUUGCCUUCUACACCGCCGCCACUUUCCGUUAUUGCUUCACUCUUCAUGCCACAUGGUGCAUCAACAGUGCGGCUCAUUAUUUCGGAUGGAAGCCAUAUGAUCACUCUGUCUCUCCAGUCGAAAAUGUCUUCACCACAAUUGCUGCUGUUGGAGAGGGAGGCCACAACUUCCAUCAUACCUUCCCACAAGAUUAUCGUACUUCUGAGUACUCUCUGAAAUACAACUGGACACGCGUUCUCAUCGACGUAGCAGCUACUCUUGGACUUGUCUAUGACAGAAAAACAGUAGCCGAUGAGGUGAUCAGCCGGCAGGUUUUCAAGCAUGGAAGUGAAGAGCACCGUGAAAAAUCAAUGAUGUAA